CAGAGACAUUAUCGGAACUUGACUUCCGUUCUGCUGUAAAAAAUGUCGGGAAUCUGAUGCAGGAAUGCCAAACUAAAUUUUUAAAUACACUAGAUGUCGUAAAUCUCUUCACAACAGUGUUUCUAGCCAUGAUUGGUGGUAUUGUCUUCAUUUCUCUCAAAAUAGUUCAAUUAGGCCGGUCCUAGAUUGAUGCUUUUUGUCUGCUGCCUUAUUCCGUUGAUCGCUCCUUGGAAACGAUUAAUAUGUAAAAAGUUGGUUAACGAGGAAGUGCAGAGAUAUUCCGAGAUGUAUCACAGAGUUCAAAUAGGCGAUACAACAUUUGUAAUCCAAGAGCGAUAUCAAGAUUUGCAUCCAAUUGGGUCUGGAGCCCAAGGAAUGGUUUGCUCUGCCACAGACACAGUGCUGAAGCAGAAGGUUGCAAUCAAGAAACUGAGCAGGCCUUUUCAGAAUGUAACACAUGCAAAACGAGCAUAUCGUGAACUUGUUCUUUUGAAAAUAACAAAUCACAAGAAUAUUAUUGGCUUAUUGAAUGUAUUUACUCCAGACAAAAGUCUUGAGGAAUUUCAAGAUCUCUAUCUUGUGAUGGAACUGAUGGAUGCCAAUCUGUGCCAAGUAGUUCAGAUGGAUCUUGAUCAUGAGCGCCUUUCCUAUCUCUUGUACCAAAUGCUUUGUGGGAUCAAGCAUCUUCACUCAGCUGGAAUUAUUCAUAGGGAUUUAAAACCAAGCAACAUUGUUGUGAAGUCUGACUGUAGUUUGAAGAUUUUAGACUUUGGCCUUGCAAGAACAGCUGGCUCAGCAUUCACCAUGACACCCUAUGUGGUUACUAGGUAUUACAGGGCACCUGAGAUUAUUCUUGGCAUGGGGUAUUCAGAAAACGUUGAUGUCUGGUCUAUAGGCUGUAUAUUUGGGGAGAUGAUCCGUGGAUCGGUGAUGUUCCCUGGAUCUGAUCAUAUUGAUCAGUGGAAUAAAGUAACAGAGUUGCUAGGCACACCAAGCUCCACCUUCCUCGAUCGUCUUCAACCAUCAGUAAGGACAUACUGCAGUAAUCGUCCAAAACACAAGGGCUAUUCAAUCAGUGAGCUGUUUCCAGACGAUCUUUUCCCCUCUGGUAACAAAUCAAAAGCAAAUCAUGCACGGUCACUGUUGUCCAAAAUGCUUGUCGUUGAUCCCCUAAAGCGCUGUAGUGUCACUGAAGCUCUCAAACAUCCCUACGUCCAUGUUUGGUAUGAUGCCAGUGAAGUUGAAGCACCUGCACCAACUCAGUACGAUCAUUCUGUGGACCAAGCUGAACACUCAAUAAGCGAAUGGAAAAAACUGAUUUACAAUGAAGUGGUAUCAUUUGAUCCGAAAGUAGCUAAUAAUACAAAUGGUGUAGGAAAUGAUCAUGCAGCCAAGAAGAGAUGACGAAUGUGAGAAAUUGGUGAUGCAAUGUUUGUCUGUUAAGAUUUCGCGAGUUUAGAUAACUCGGACGCUACAAGCUCAUAUUUUGAGGUUAUUUUUAAUAUUUACUUAAUUAGCAUAAGUUAAGAUCCAACAAUUGGAGGGAAAAGGUGGAAUAUCGCAAAUUUAUAUUUGCAAUUUUGAUUGACCCUAAAUUAAUCAAUAUACAAUCAUACAAGCUACGGCAGAUAUGUUUUCGAAUACUUUAUUUUAUACUACAGCUUUUCAUCUGGCACUCUUCAAAGAAUGAUAUGUAAAAAUAUUGAUGGAAAACCCCCAAAUUGUAUAUGUAUAUAUGGGAGCAUAAGACUGUAAAGUUUGUCCAAUAGUGCCGCUUGCCUAUUGGAAAAGGACUACAAUGGAUGUAGCACAAGGAUAAAAACAAGAUCCUUCUGUCUACACAAUAGCAUCUUGUGGGGAAAUUUAUCUGUUCUUAGAUUUUGUUCGUUCAUGAUAACACAGCGAGUAUAGCCAAAAGGAUAACAUUUUGUAUCUUUUUAUCAAACUUAGAAGAUUAUGGCGACCAUGCCAUGCCUGGCGAUGAAAACGAUUAGAAAUUUUGGUGAUUUUUUGUAGAAUCUAUUCAUACGCGUUUUAGUUGUUUGUGUUCAUAAAUUUAUGGCAGUUUGACCUUUUCGGUACUUCAUUAAAACCCCAAAGGCAUGCGAUUUGUAGUAUUCCACUUUUUAUCCCUGGAGGUUGUCUGUUGAGGCCGCUAUACGAUGUUUACUUCAGAGAGAGUUGAAGAUUUUUUUAUAUUCUUCUUAUUAUUAAAGUGUUGUUGCCGUGAUAUACUUAAACUACAAACAAUGAAUACUGGGACUGUAUCAGCUUAUACCCUGUUUCGUACAUUGCAUUAAAGUGAAAGGCACGUAGAUGCUCGACAUAGUUAGCCAAAGAGGCCAAACAAUAAAGUCGCCAAGUUUGUUAUUUGGGAACUGGGGGAUUUGAGAAGAGAACACUCCUAAACCCAAUAAAACCACGAUGAUGACAGUUCCAGCUUUCAUGCAUUUGAAUAUUGGAGAAAGGUUAAUCAAAUUGCAAAUUAAAUAUAAGGCUAUCUCCUGGCAUGCAUCGUGGACCUUCACACGCUGUUGUAAUAGCUGUUGUAAUAUAAGGCUGGCAUGCAUCGUGGACCUUCACACGCUGUUGUAAUAGCAAGACGAGAUUUUGCCUUUUUCUUUUUCUUUAAAGGUCAUUGGCCUUCACGAAUCCAUAAAAAAAGUAUUCUUAUCAAUCUGUUCUGUAAAGCAAGUUUAAUCGUGUAUCGUGUUUUUUGUGUAUAUAUGAACGCUUUGCAACGCAA